AUGUUAUAUCAACGAUCAACAGAACUAUCUUCGGCGAUCCACACAAACAAGGAGACGUUUCAUGCUGUAAAAGGACGUGAUCAGCGCAAAGAAGAGAUUUAUGACGAGAGACUAAUUGCGACGGAUGAGAUCAGACACGAGGAAGCUUAUCCGUUGCACAGUCGAUCCGUACAUCAGCCAGAGACGAUCGCAAUUAUAAAAGGUGAAUUUCAAGAACAGACCGAUGGACUGGUUGAGGGCGACACGUUUGAGGGCGACGGAGUAGUGGAGAUCAAAUCGCCAGCAGAAGACAAGAUUACCAUGAGAUCCACAAUGGUGAUCGAUGCGAUCGAAGCCGGGAAAGAGGCGGUCGGGUUAGAGAAUGACCAAUGCCGAUGCGACACGACUUAA